ACCAACCGUUCACAACCAACCAAAACCAAUCAACAUGUUCAAAUACUUCGCUCUGUGCCUGUUCGCCAUCGUGGCUUGUGUGGCUGCCAAGCCGGCGGUGAUCGCCGCUCCCCUGGCCUACAGUGCCUACUCCUCGCCCUAUGUGGCAGCAGCUCCUUACUCGGCUGCCUACACCGCUGCCUACACUGCCCCCGUGGCAGCCGCCUACUCCGCCUACUCGUAUCCCUAUGCCUCCGCCUACUCCGCCUACCCCUAUGCCGCCUACUACCGUUAAAAUUGGAAUGAUUGAGGACCCGUAAAACCCUGACUGCUCAACCCGACCUGAAAAAAUCAUCUAUUACAACAAGGAUACUUCCCUAUUAGAAAAGAUCUAAACAACUUACUACACCCCAGUGCUAUACACCUAUGUACAUCUACAUCCCUGGUAUUAGUUGGGCGGAUUCUAUACUUCACCCACCUCUGCCGACUGCUGAAAGUUAAGUCACGGGAACAGGACACACCAAUGUAAAAGGAAUACUAUUGUUGAAAUAAAUAAUGCAUUUUGCGUGAAUCGUAAUGAA